AUGCUGGCAUUGAUCCUCGCAGUCAUUGCUCUUGGCGCGCAGCACUCGAUAUUGGGAAAGAAUGGCAGCUGCGAUGCCGCUAAAAUGGAAGUAGAGGCGCAGAGAGGUAACGUCUACAUUGCCGCAUCAAUGCAGGCUUUACGAUUGGCUUCGUUUAUGCACAAGCCGUCUCUGGUGGCCGUCCAAACACUCAUAUUGAUCGGAAAGUACUUGGCUAAUAGUGGAAGAUUCUUAGACGCAUUCAUACUAUUCGGCACUACUAUCAGAUUGGCUCAUUCUAUCGGUCUACAUUGCAACCCGAAACAUCUCACAUCCUUCUCCCUAACUGAAGCGGAGGUCGCAACGCGUCAAAAGAUUUGGUGGUACAUGCUCCGAAUCGACGAGGAGUAUUCCAUGACAUUUGGGCGACCACUGGGAAUCAGCAGCAUUGGCGCUUGCUCCUGGCCCCAGGAACUCAUAACAGAUCCCAAUAUGCUGCGGCUCGGAGAUUUCAUAAUGCAAUUCACCGUGCUUUCUAGGCAGAUUCUGCGCAGCGAUCGACUCAAUGAUUCUCAGGUCGAUGAGUUCACAAAAGAGCUUUGCGGUUUGUUGGAGACGAUGCCUGAAACACUUCAGUUUGAUCUUGCUUGGAUUGAUGCGGAAAGCACAUCGUCACAAAGCCUCUGGUCACUCAGGACCAUAGCGACCGGUACGCUGACCAAUUUACUUUUGUUGAUCCUAUCUCAUCUAUUGGAGAACUACCAGUAG